AUGAAGCUUUUGUCGAUUUUUGUUGGAAUUUUGAGCUUGGCUGAAGCUCAGAAAAGCAAAGCAAGAUCGAAUGAUGAAAAAAUAAGAGUGCAAGCUGCAAGAAAUAGAGAUAAGAUCAAUGCUAAGAAAGACAAAUUGGAGAAAAUCUUUGACUCCCAAGCAGCCUGGUUCAAAGAAAACUUCGGCCCUGGAAGUAUGACAACAGACGAAUACACUCCUCACGCCAGACGAAUCUAUCGAAACUGGCUCUCAAAGUACGAAAGAAACAAGGAUCGAAUGAUCGCUCGUCUGGAGAAAUGUGGGCUUCAGUCCAUCUCCCACAGUAGAAAGAAUAAGGGUCGAAAUCGUCGACAAGCUACGGAAGAAGAAAUUAUUGAAGGAAAAUUGAAAGGCUUCCCAAAAUACACCCGCGAGGAAGUUCAAGAAUUCCUCAAGAAAAAUGGCGUCACUCCCAAUGUUCGCCCUCUUGGUCCCCAAGUUCGAGGGCGAGGCAGAAAGAAAUCGAGCUUUGAGUCAAGCUUCCGGUCAGCUCAAAAUAAAUUCGCCGACAACACUGAUGACUUCGUCGAGUGGGCUAAUCACUACAUUUCCCAGUGUCGACCUCACCAACCGGAUCUUCAGAUGUCUCGAUUCGCUCAGUGGUAUGUGGUCUUGAACCAAAAGCUCAUUUCAAAGAACAACCAUUUGGAUGCCUCUCAACGCGGUGGAUUUGACAUCUACAAGCUCGACGAGGAAUAA